UGCGUACGUGUUCUUUUUCUUCAUGGCCACGUUGUUCCGCGCUUGAGAAUAUGCGCAGUUUUGCAGUUCACUGGAUUCUCCUCUAAUAAUCGUUAUUAUUCAUUGACUUUAGCAAGUAACUCUAGUACCCCAGGACCAGUCUAGCACCUUUCGCCAAGCCCAAUACGUUUAAGACUGUAUACGUGCUACCAUGUCACCAUCAAGUUUCGUCAACCCAUCCAAUCUUUCUCUUCCCUCUUCUUCCUCCCUCAAACGACCUGCAUCUCCUUCAUCCUCUCGUUCAGAGUCUCCCGAUGCACCCAUAGAGCAACCUCCACGUAAGCGCCCUCGCUCAGCUGUAACCCCAGAAGAGCGCAAAGAGGCCCGUGCACACCGCAAUCGCAUUGCGGCACAAAACUCCCGCGACCGCAGAAAGGCACAAUUUUCCCUUCUCGAGCGCAGAGUCGAGGAACUUGAGGAGGAGAACAGGCGCCUCCGCGCUGGCGUUCCAAUGACCGGCUCUGCUUCACCCUCGGUUAGCUCCAUCUCAGCGCCUGAGGUCGUCACCAUUGAGCAGGAGCAAGAGCGCCAGCGGAAACGUGCGGAAGAACAAAGGGAACGUGAAAACGUAGAGCUGCGCGAGCGUAUCCGAACGCUCGAGAUGGGGUAUGAGGCAGUGUUGCGGGCGCUGGCAACCCAAGGCGCCAGCUCGCCUGUGCUCGCCAGUAUAUCUACUCCUCCAGAGACUUCCAGCUCUACUCCAAUUCUCUCAUCCGCUUUCACACUAUCACCUGCGUCAACAACAUCUCCUUCAGCAGGAGACUCGAUAUCUCCCGCCCCUUCAUCACCUAAAUCCACGACACUUGCAACCCUUUCUUAUCCGCUUUCUCCUGCACCCACACAUUCCACGCUCGUAGACAGCCCCAUAAUGUUUUCGGGCGAUUCAUUCGACUUCCCACUCAGCCCCGCAUUUUCACUCUCGGAUCUUACGCCAUCUGACUCACCAGCACCUAUCGACGCACCACAGGAAACUCUCGACAUCUCUUCAACUAGCCUUGCUCCCACUCGCCACCUAGCACGGCGGGUGGGCAGCAUUCGUCUAGUCACGGGACCGGCGAGAGCAACCAGAUGUGCCACGGUGCCACGAUCGAGCCUGAAGACGAGGCAGCUACAGACGCAGCCCUUACGCGCCUGUUCGCCGAGAUUCUCGCAUCGCCGCCGACUGGUACUUGCGCUCUUCCAGGCACUGGCCCAUCGGCAGAAGACGCGACCAGCACGGAGGUGCUGAGUGAGACCUCUCCCACAGAGGAGCUCGGCUUAGGGCUGGUCACGAGUGGGAUCGACACAGCUGACUGGGCGGAACAAGUUC